AUGAGCACUACCAACAUUGAUAAGACAGCUGAGGUGAAGUACAUUCCUGGUAAGGGAAGUAAUGUUGAUCGAGUAGAGUUGGACGCUGCACAUGAGUCGAAUGGAUGUCAUGGGAAGAGUACUACUACUUCUACUGCUGAGGUUACUAAGAAUAAUGGCAUUGAUAAUACCCCUGCGGGUAAUAGUGAUCAAGGGAAAUCGAAAGACACUCAUCGACAUCGAAAUGGGCGUACUUUACGCCCACAUACUGCUACCAAAUGUGAGAAGCAGGAGAAACGAUAUGAUGUUACUAUUAUUAAGAAGCGUAAACUUCGUUCUCUUUCGGAUGCUGUGACUAGCAAUGGAGAUAGUAGUCAUCAGAAUUGUAGUAGUGGCAGCUAUAGUGAAGAGACAGCAGGUGUUAGCAAUCCAUCUAUAGUGACUAGUCGAUCAACUUCAUUGAACGAGCCUUCUAGUGUUUUGACGUCAUCGAACCCCGCCUCAAAUAUAAAGUUGAUUGAAGAUGCACAAGGUUGUGCAACUGUGACUGUUUCUACUCCGGUUGACUGUCAGUUGAGUGACGAUGAGAAAAAUGCGUGUGAUGGUAACAGCCAGUCUACAGUGUUGUAUGAUAACGAUGCCACUGAUUUGCACCUGGCUUGUGUUUCUGAAACGGAACGUGAAGAACGACAAGUGAGUUUAUCAGUUUCGAAUUGCGAUACUAAUGCUGUUCUCUCAUGUAGCGAGAUCAGUUAUACAACAAUGGAAGAGUUUCACUCUACGGAUACUAAUGUUGCCAGAAACAACGUGACUUGUCUGACAGAACGGAAUCAUGAUGGCGAUGAUAAUAAUCUUGAUGUCACUGAUGAGACAAAUGAGUUGUCAACGAUGACGAAUGCUGAUCGAACCUCCUCUGUGCCAGGAGAUGGAGAGUUAAAUCUUAUUCCUCCGUUAUGCCACUUGGAGUCUUCAGGAGACGAGGAAUUAUCGAAAUUGGAGAUCCCACCCUUUGCAUAUUAUUUAUGGGUCAAGAACUUUCGUUGA